AUUUUGCCAAAACGGUGAGAAUAAAAGUCAAUCCAACGCCUUGGACAGGUCACAGGGAAUCUCUCCGACAUAACAAUCCGUCUCACGACGUCGCGAAGCUUCUGUUUUUCUGUUUUUGCCUGUCCGUUUUGCGAUCGGAACAAAACCCUAAAUUGGUCGAGCGGCUUCUUCUAUUUUUCGCGUGAUUUGAUUUCGCGGUCGACAAAGGGGUACACCCAAUGAAAGGGAUCGCGAGGCUUGUAACUUCUCUUUCGCGACUCGGAGGAGGUCGCGAGAUCUUUUCUGGAGGGAGUACGGUUUCUUCUUCGUCUUCCUCUCUUCUGGUAUCUCGUCGCUCCCUUUUCAUCUCUGCGGCAACGCACUUUCCUACCAGUUCACGGACGACAGAUUCUGCUCUUACCUCUUCGAGAUUGUCUUCACUUCCUCAGAAAUGGGCUUUCCGUGGAGGGCAGAGAAGGACGAUGUUUAUCCAAACACAAUCUACUCCGAAUCCUUCUUCUCUAAUGUUUUAUCCUGGCAAACCAGUCAUGGAGGUUGGAAGCGCCGAUUUCCCUAAUGUUCGUUCAGCUUUAGGCUCGCCAUUAGCCAAGUCCAUUUACUCCAUUGAUGGUGUGGUUCGAGUUUUCUUUGGCUCGGAUUUUGUGACCGUGACAAAGUCAGAUGAUGUAUCAUGGGAUAUCCUCAAGCCUGAGAUAUUUGCAGCGGUCAUGGAUUUCUAUUCUUCUGGCGAGCCUUUGUUUCUGGACUCGCAAGCUGCUGCUGCCAAGGAUACUGCCAUCAACGAGGAUGACUCUGAAACCGUAGCAAUGAUCAAGGAGCUCUUAGAAACGCGCAUCAGACCAGCAGUACAAGAUGAUGGUGGGGACAUCGAGUAUUGUGGGUUUGAUCCGGAAAGCGGUAUAGUGAAGCUGAGGAUGCAAGGAGCUUGUAGCGGUUGUCCAAGUUCAUCUGUUACUUUGAAAUCAGGAAUCGAGAACAUGCUGAUGCAUUAUGUAUCUGAGGUGAAAGGUGUAGAACAAGAGUUCGAUGGGGAAGAAGAAGAAGAGGGAACGUUGUCUGGAGAGAUGAGAGAGUAGAGUAAGACAUUUCCUCAAAAUCUGCUUCUCUGCUCUUUUCUCUUUCAGUGUACAGAAGAAUAAAUCCUCGUGAGUUUUUUUUUUUUUUUUUGGCUUUUGAAUCACACUGCAAGACUACCGAGAGAUCAUGGGUUGAUCUGUUCUGUAACUUUAGUUACCUACAGUAAUAAUUGCAUUAUUUUUUUGAGUUUUUUUCUAAGGAAAAUAUACAAGAGUUUUUCGAUUUUUCCAUGAAACAACCAAUACUGAUUCUAUUACUGUAUGAAUUAUUAUAUGACACAGGUUUUUG